GUGCGUGCGUGUGUGUGUGUGUGUAUAUAUAUAAGCCGCAGUCGAAACUUUCACUUUCGCUUUAAUCGGCUCUUUUUGGAGCAUCGACAUGUUGGAGAGCGAUGAUCUCAGGAUGCAGUGAAGCCGAGGAGGGACGCAGCGUGAGGCCGAAUCGAGCCCAGUCAGCCGACAGCUUGUGUACACACGGCCAUGAUGGAGAUGAACGAGAAUGGUGCAUCACAAUGAACCUCCUGAACCUUCUGCCCCGAAACCGGACCCCAUAUCGGUUGCCCUGACCACCCAUAUUCCGGCUCCUCAGACUCAUCCGGCUGCGUCGACCCGUCCGGCUCCUCCGACCCAUUUCCGGCCUUUCCGGGACGUGGACGAGCGCUCUCUCGUGGCCAGCACCACGCGUUUCCUGGGGAACAGCGGAUUUUACUGGGGUCCUCUGGACGUCGACGAAGCGCACGCUCGACUGACCACUCUUCCCGUCGGCACCUUCCUGAUCCGGGACAGCAUGCAGACGGACGUCUUCUUCACCCUGAGCUACCACUCCGAAGACGGUCCCACCAGUGUCCGGGUCCUCCUUAAGGGCUGCGGGUUCGCCCUGGACGGCAGCAAGCACGCUUUCCCGUGUCUCUUUGAACUCUUGCGCUUCUACAUGACAUCAGCCAAGAGGAGUCUGAAGCAGCCGUACAGAGGCUCUGCACCACAGAAGCUUCAGGAGCUGUGCAGGAGAGCUGUGGUCAAAACCUACGGCAAGGACAACCUGGACAAACUCCCGGUGACCAGCGUGCUCAGAGAUUUCCUUCAGUCAUAUCCUUUCAGCAUCUGAAAAAGACUCACCUGUGUUUAUUUACACGUACGGGAGUUUGAUUAUUUUUAUAGACAAGACUCUGUGGUACGUCAUCUUUAAUGCACUACGUCAGGCGCCGGGUCCUGAUAUUAUUCACCUGCCUGCUGUGCAGACACUGUAGUUAUUAAUGUCGUUACUAUCUGUUCAUAGGCAAAGGACACGUAGCUGUGGAAUAAUUAAUACCAUCCCUGUAAAUAAACAAUUAUACAUUAAUUGAAUAAAUGAGAAUAGCUCAGUCCUGGCUUUUUUGUUGUUGUUGUUGU